UUUGUACGGCCCAGUGGGUAGAGCAGCCCAUGUAAACGCGAGACGACGCGAGACGCCCUGCGACUGCAGUGCAGGCUGCUCCCACGCCGCGGCUCCGCCGCACUUGCUCGGCCGUCCACGCCGGCACGGCGUGCCUGAGGCCACCGCACCACCCCCGAGGAGGGAGGCCGGUGGGUCUCCUCGCCCCCCCCCCGUCGGCUGCGCGCCUUCUCCGACUCUCGCUGCGCCGCGCGGGUGGCGUGGGCCAUGGGCAGCCGGGUGCUCUUGCUCCGGAGGAUGGAGAAGGGGUGGCGGCCGAUGUCCCGGGCGCUUUAUCCCUCCCCCGGUUCUACCAGCGUGGCGCCUCCCCAUGAGCUGCGCGCGCCUCGGCGGUGCUCACCAUCUUAUACUUCCCACAAGGUUUUUCACCGAGAUGUUGGGUUCUUCAGUGGGUGGCAAAGUUAUAACCUUCAAAUAUAUUGCUGUAUCCAUACAAGCCGACCAGUCAAUAGUCAAAAUCAUACCAUAGCAGAACCUCAGCAGAAACAAGAAGAUGUUGCGCUGGUUGAUGAAUCUGGUAGGCCCAAAGCAAAGAGGAAAAAGUUAAAAGGAAGGAGGGCAGUGACAAGAUUUUUGAAAUCCCUGAGAUGGAAGAAGAAAAGGGAGUUUCAAAGGAUGACUGCGGAGGAGAAGAUUUUGUACAAACUGAAGCUAGCUCGAAACAAGGAAGAACGACUUGUUGCAGCUUUGACGAAGAUUGAACCGGAUGACCCAUCAGAACCUACCCAUGAUCCUGAGGUGCUUACACCUGAAGAGCACUUCUAUUUCCUCAAGAUGGGUCAAAAAAGUAAAAAUUAUGUGCCUGUAGGAAGACGUGGAAUAUAUCAGGGAGUGAUCCUGAACAUGCAUUUGCACUGGAAAAAGCACCAAACGCUACAGGUAAUUGUGAAGACAUUCACACCAGACGAGGUUAAGGAAAUUGCCUCAGAGUUAGCCAGACUAAGUGGUGGAAUUGUGCUGGAUAUUCAAGAAGGGAAUACGAUUAUUAUGUACAGAGGAAAAAACUAUGCACAGCCACCACCUGAAAUAAUGUCUCCAAAAGUUACACUUCCUAGAAAAAAGGCACUGGAUAAAUCAAAAUACAGAGAACGCCUCCGAGCUCUUAGGCGGUACAUUCCCAGGCUUGAGCAGGAGCUUGUAGAUCUUCAUGCACAGAUGAAGUUAGCUAGAGAUUAUAAAGGACAGAAUGCAGCGGAAGAUAUUACUUGUAUUUCAGAUAGUGUAAACAGUACAUCUGCGAAAGAAUAUUCUUCUUGCUCAGUUCGCAAGAGAAGUGUAUCUGAUCUCCUGUCAGAAAGUAUAGAAGGGUCUGGAAGGCUAGAGGAUGAAAAUUAUGAGGUUAGUGCUGAUUCGGCUUCAGAGUCUAUCACAUACUCUGAAUCCGAGGAUCUCUCUGACAUUUUUGAGACGGACUCAGAGGAGGAGCAGGUACAGGAAAGCAAGGAGCAACCGUUGUAUCUAGAUAAGCUGGAUAAGUUUCCCUCAGAAAAUAAUGACAAUGAACCAGAUGAUUUCGAAGAGCAUCUACGAAAGAUUGCUUCCCUUUCUGAUAGGACCGAUUCAUCUGCUAAAGAACUCAAAGUAUCCGAGCUUGAUGAGAUUGAUAAAAUCUUCUUGAGAGCUAGUUCAUUGCUGAAGAAAAGGUGACAGUUGGGAAUUUGUACACAGUGUUCACGACAUCUAAUGUGCACUGCCAAAAAGCAUUUAUAUGCAGCACAAGCAUCUUGAAAGAAGAUCUGAGAUAUAUCGGUAACAAAGUGGAAAGUCAUGUAUUAAUUCACAGAUGCUGCUGAGAGCGGAGAGGAUUUGGUAUUUCAUAAUCUUGCUGGGAUUUAGUGAGCUAUUUAACCUGAAGUACUGCAACCGGUUUGGGAGGUUCUGGCGUUUGCUCUCAUGUUCCCUGAAACACCAUUCCGUUUCUCAGUUGUUUAGGGUAGCCAUGUUAUGAUUUAUAAGAAAGUGUGGUGGUUUUCAGUAAAUGGUAUACGGCGAGGUAAUCUGCAUUGUGGGCCAGUGAUGAUCCUUUGUUUUUUCACUUCAUCAAGUUCAACCGUGCAUGUCUGUUUUGUUGAUCUAGUCUAGCCUCAUGUUUACCAGAGGUUUCAGUUCAUAGUCAUGGAUCGCAGAUAUGCUCGCUGUAACCUGUUCCUGGAUAAAAUAAUUGCACCGAGCCAAGGAAUGUUCAGGUCUGUUGUGUUGAUCUUCUAACUCUAUUUUGAGCCUCAUAUUUACCAAAGGUUUCAGUUCAUAGUCAUAGAUCACAGAUAUGUUCGCUGUAACCUGUUCCCGGAGCCAAGGAAUGUAAGGAUGAAAUUUUCAGGUCUCCUGAACGAAUAUUGUGUUCUACUAUUCAUAUUCAAUUAGGGGUCAUGUUCCAAUUUUAAGUCGGUA